CGACUGGCCUUUAAGCAGUCACGAACGAACCCUCGUUCGUUGCAGCCGUAGAAAACCUCUUCGUUUCUGCGCGACUUUUUCCUUUUUCUUCACUCUCGUCAGUGAAAACGAAUCGCCCCGAAUCUCGGAAUCGCUAACCAUAAAUAUCAGUUACGUGUGUGAUAUUCUCAAUAUUAACAGUGUGACUGUGAUCCAUUUUCUGUUUGGGUUUCUCUAACGUUCUGUCGCUGCAAGAGAUGCUGCUGGAAAUAGAGGGCAAGGGCUACUUCUCAACCACCUCUUCGUGAUGAACAAUCGGUGAAAGUGGCAGGUAAUCAAAGAAGAUUAAGAAAAUCAUCGAGGAGAAUGUCGAGGAAAUCAGAGGGGGUGGAUGAACGCCCCAUGGAUCCGGGGCUCAAACUUGGUACCACUUGAAUGCAAAAGAAAAAGUACAAAUGAGCAGUACGCGGGAUGGGCAAAUCUUGGCUUUGGGCCCUGUUUCCUGCGACGAUGACGACGAUGACAAUGAUGGCGUACGUUACUGUAACGACGGCUACCUCGACCUCGGUACCGUCUCUUUUUACAACUACCAGCAGCGAGAUUUUCGAUACGAAAAGGGCGGGUAUCGAAGAAGCUCUGGACGUGAUAGAGGCGGCAUCGACUGGAUCGCUGGGUGAAGAUUGUGCCACGACAGCUGGUUUUAAAUCCUUGCCAGCUAUCGUAGCACUUGAUCCUCGACGUUACGAUACAGCACGUCAAAAAGCUGACAUGACAGCCCUGAUGCUCCAAAAUCUUGGCACUAUCGGAGUAUCAAGGCACAAUGUGCUUUUAGAUGUGUUAGCAAAAUCAUUGCUGAUGUCAGUGAACGACGCCGUAGAAACGAGGGUGAUCGCACUAAAUACGUCCACGGGUGCGGUGAUUAGCGCAGUCUGGUUGGAAAGAAGCCCAGGAAGCGUCGGAGAACCGUUCAAGGUCGAGAGUCACGGACUUGAGCCAGGAUCUAUACCGGAUCCAAAUUUGCCAUGGUUUGAAAACGCGGGUGCCACCACAGAACUGAGGUCACCGAAAUUCAUGCAGUCACCGGCGAUUGAAUCCUACAGGGGUUGGUGGACCAUCCCGUAUUUCUCCUGCAAAAGUCAUCGCUGGUUGAUUUCGUACAGUGUUAACAUACGGCCACCAGACGCUCGUCAUGGGAUUCGAGAAUUUUUAAGCGUAGAUAUCGAUAUCAGUGGGCUAGAAGUAAAUCAAUGUGAUGCAUCGUCGUUAAAUAAUGAGAACGAAGUUCUAAGUAAUCAAAUAGCAUCUUUUAAAGGCACGCACAAAUGUCAUACCGACACGACACAGUGUGAGUAUCAGAGUCCAAAUAAUCGUAUAAAUGAAAACGGUGUCGGUGCUGGUUGGGCGAAAGGUGCAUAUGUAUGCAAAUGUCGGAAAGGUUAUUACAGCGCGAGUCAACAUCAAUCUGUUUUUGAUGGAAUCCUCGUCGAAGCUGCUUGGAAGGAAAUGCAAGAGAACAUAAGCGACGCGUACGUAACGGUGUUCCGCUGCUUACGUUGUGCACCAGGAUGUGCUAAGUGCAAGGGACCCGAACCCUGUUUAGCCACCUACAACUGGCCCUUCCGAAUCUCUCUUCUAUCGUUCUCUAUUUUCUGUGUGUUUGGUACCAUCAUCCUAGUGGUCUAUAUGUAUCAACACCGUAAGCUCAAAGUGUUCAAGGUCGCUUCGCCGAUAUUUUUGUCUAUUACGCUUUUGGGUUGUGCUAUUAUGUAUCUCGAAAUGGCCGCAAUAUUUCCCGUUUUGGACAUGUAUUCUUGUAUCGCCACGAAAUGGACGAGACAUCUCGGCUUUUGCAUUUCAUACACUGCACUGCUGAUGAAAACUUGGAGAGUAUCUCUCACAUAUCGCGUGAAAAGCGCGCAUAAGGUGAAGCUUACGGACAAGCAGCUGCUGCAGUGGAUGGUCCCGAUAUUGUUAGUAAUGUUAAUUUAUCUUGGCACGUGGACACUCAGCGCACCGCCGUAUGCCGAAGUGAUAGCUGACAAUUAUGGUCUGAAAUUCUACCAAUGUUCUUUCAACUGGUGGGACCAUAGUUUAGCAAUCGGAGAAAUUCUGUUCCUCGCGUGGGGUAUUAAAGUAUGUUACAACGUUCGCAAUGCAGAGAGUCUCUUCAACGAGGCCCGUUUAAUAAGCUACGCUAUUUACAAUAUAGCAGCUGUGAAUAUAACAAUGAUCGCUAUUCAUCUUUUCAUUUUCCCUCAUGCUGGACCCGAUAUCAAGUAUUUGUUAGGCUUCUUGCGUACACAGCUGUCUACUUCUGUCACCAUAUUUCUUGUAUUUGCGCCCAAGGUGAUCCGAGUUUUACGAGGCCAAGGAGAUCAAUGGGAUAGCCGUGCUAGAGCCCGCGGUGUUACGGCCAGUUUCUCUUUAAAUGGGAUCGGCUUAGUGCCCGAAGAAGCGACAGAUUUACACCAAGAGAACGAGGAAUUGAAGGAAGAAAUACAGAAAUUGGCAGCGCAGAUCGAAUUUAUGAAAAUCGUGCACAUGGAGAUGUACAAUCGCCACAUAAAACCGAAAGCAGGCGGAUAUUUUACUACUCAUGGGCCCGGUCAUGGUCAUCCGUCCUCGGCGCAAAGUCCCAUCGCCAAAAGUUCGACGGCCAGUUUCAUAUUGAAACAGACGGCCGUGGAGCGAGGGGCGAGUGCGGCCGCGGCUGCCGCGGUCGAAGAUUCCACUUUCCCUUCAGGAAGUUUGCAUCGGGCACGUCGGAUGGAAAUUCUCAGAGAACGCAAAGCUGAGAGGGAGAGAGAACGGGAGAAAGAGCGUGAGAAGGAGAGAGAAAAGGAGAAGGAAAAAUAUAAGGAGAAGGAAAAGGAAAGAGAGAAAGAAAGAGAGAAAGAGAAAGAGAAGGAAGAAGAAGCGAAAGGGAAAGAGGCGGAAAUGGAGAAAGAGAAGAACAAAGAGAAACAAGCAGAGAAAGAGAAUGAAAAGCAAGGCAGGAAACAAGAAGGAAAUGUUGAAACCAGCGGACAGGUUUGACUAGUACUAAAUAGCGAAGAGAUCAAUUAUCAAUGACCCUAAGCAAAGAAGAAGUUUUUAUGUUUGUCUAAAUUAAAGCGAUACAAGUUAUGAUGCAUAUUCGAAAACAAACUUAUCAAAUUUUUGCCCUUGCCCUAAUUGCAGAAACUGUCGGUCUUCUACUUUAGGAUUUCUGUAAAGUUAUCGGCCACGAACGUGUUAGAAGAAUAAUCUCCUCGCGGAGGUUAAAACUGCGUUAAUACACAACCAAGAAAAAAAAAAAGAGAAACGUGUUAAGUAUUCGAUAUUAAUGCUAUUUUCGUCUACAAUGCGUUGUUUUUGAAUUCAAAAUAAUAUAUAGAGUAAUAAACAUUCCCUCGAAGAAUUGAAAAUUCCCCCUUAUAAAUAAUAAACACAAAUGUAUCCAGAGAAUGAGUUAUCACUACCAUUUUACAUUUUUUGUUACGUAUUACUUUAAGUCUGUUUAUUACGUAUUUUAAACAAGUAUCCAAUGAAGAGCAUACGCUGAAGAAUUUUUCGAAAGUUCUAGGAUUAAAAAGUACAUACAAAAUCGAUAUUUAAAGACGUAUUGAGAAUAGCCUAAACUCCGAUUUAAAAAAGCACAAUGGCUCUGGUAAAUGAAUCAUUAUGAUAACUAGACCGCGGAUUUUUCUCCAUUUAUGGGAAAUUGAAAAGUGGAAAAAUGCAAGAGAUGCGCAUAGCAUGCAAAUGUGUAGCACGGAUAAGCAAAGCUUACCAUCUAUUAUAACGUUUAAGAAGGAAAACAAAUUUCCGCUUAGGUUCCAUUGCUUUAUUUGCCUUGAGAAAAAUACGAGUUUGCAUAAAUAUCACACGCAGUGUGAUAGUAACUACACGUAUGUAGAAUAUAGAGUAAAAGUUAGAGUUAAGUAUAAAAAUGAAGAAAUAAUGAUUAUAGUCGGUAUAUAGUCUAUGUAUAGUAUAAUACCAUUAAAAGGGAAAAUGUGUUCCAAUCCAUCGCCUGCAUCUUUUGUUUCUUUUGUUUCUUUAUUAUUAAAAUUUUAAUAUCUAAUUACUAUCCGUAGAUAUGGUUAUGACAAAUGCGAAGCAUUAAGAAGAAUAGAAAGACGAAAACAGAAUAUGACCGAGGGAAUGAAAAGCGAAAGAAAAAGGGGAAACUUAAAUGGUACCCUUUAACGGACAUAAGGCGUUCAUGGUUUGUAUAAAUCAAAGAACUGUGUAAUCAAUAAAUAGUGAAUACUAAAUCCGUAUAACGUGUAUAACGUGUCAUUUGCUUGUGGUGGCAAUGUCUCCUUGUUAGCUUUAUUGUAAAUUAUGUACGUUACCACCAAAUGACACCUCGUUGUACGUAAAACAAGAAGCAUACUAUGUAUAAUGGUGAGGAGAAGUAUUGUUAACGAUAUAGUUAUACAAGAUUUUUAUUAAUUUCGUUACUAACCGAUGAACGUAACGAAAUUCUCAUUAUUCAAAUAACUAUGAUCGCGACUGUAGUAAUAUUACUCCUAGGUAAAUAUUAUCCAGAGAUACCUGUGAAGUAGAAGAACGAAAACUGUAUUUCUCGUUACCAAGACGAUCACCUUUGUGAUUCAUAUUAACAAAAUCGUAAGUUGUGUAGAUCUACCCGAUUAGCUCACGAACAGUUUAACAAUCGGUUAUUUUACACCGUAACGUUACAUUUACGUCUAACGUUAGUUAUCUUGUUUUGGAAUAAUAUAUGGUUUCUUAAAAAAGCAGUUCAGAGAAUAAACAGAAAGGAAGGGGUCGUUCAAUAUAAUUAUAAUGUUUAAUGUGACAGAAUGUAUCGAUAUGUGUUACUUCCGUAGCUAGAACAACAAACGGCGGCAGAUAUAGAAACUUUGUAAUAACCAUUCGACAAUUAUUUUCAGUUUACGUCUACAAAGCGGUCGAGUAUGUGUUCCUCUGUGAAAAUAAAGAGAAAUAAGUGGGAACGCUUUUAAAAGAUUCGAUUUCUUACAAAAAGGAGAAGUAAUCUCUCUCUUAAGUUACAAAUAUCACAUACAUAUACGUAACUCUAAUCGUAGUUUUAAUUUUCCACACUGUUACCUGUGUAUGUGAGAGACGCACACGGGUUUAUGUCAACAAAUGCAAUCAUAUCAUAAUUCAUACCGAGUAAAAAGAAUUGAAAUUAUCAAUUGUUCGCUUUAAUCAAUAGCGUUAUCUAAACACUCACUCGAUAUAAAUUUCUAAAGCAUAACAGCUAUUGCAAAUUAUAGUAAUAUACAGAUAAGAAAAUAAAAAGCGUAGUGUUUACAUACAUACAUACAUACGUACAUACAUACAUACAUAGUUCGGUACAACUCAAGAACAGGUAUAUUGACACGUUUACUUCUUUAUAACUACACGCGAGUAAGAUAAUUGUACGUCAAACGUUUACUUUUCGUGUCACGAAUUAAAAUUAAGAGAAUUUUCAUAACGUACCAAAGUUACGAAAUCUUCGAAAUAAAUUUGAAAGUAUGAAUUGCACAUGAUGAAUCGACGAAUUGCAAAUAGCCAGGUGUAAAAUUCACGUUGUUUAAAAGGAAGCAAUAUUACCAGCCGAAAGAUUAAUUAUUCGAACGCAAAUUAGCAGAGUCUACAAUGAUAUUAUCGGCGAAUUUGUCGAUAUAUCGACAAUAUUUACACACUCGUGAGCGUGUACGUUUAUGUGCGUAUACAUGAGUAUGUGUAUGCAUGCGUUCGUGUGUUCAUGUUGAAAGCGUGAAAAUUGCCUCGAGCGUACAAACGCACAUUCCAGGUUAACGAAACCCUUCACUUUUAUAAGAACGAUGCGUUCAAACUAAAUUGAAAAUUACGAUAAUCGCGAUUAUUCGCAUCGAUUACGAUUUUCUAAUUCCACUUUUGUUUCAUUCUAGUUACGAUAUCACAUACUAUUUGUACACUGUACAAGGACUGUGCGAAUAAUAAUCGAGUCGCCUCAUAAGGUUAUCCUAUUAGACAUAAAUCGCGAGAAAUGCAAGAGGCGUAUGAUAGUUGAAAGUAAAUACAGAAUAAAAACAUCGUUGUAUCGCACAAAGUAUCGAUAAGUAUCGAGCACAUAAAGCAUUUUAUUAUAUGAUUGGGGUGUAAAAUUCACUUGAAGAUAUGUCAAAAGAUAUAUGCAUUUUAUACGACAAUAAGAUUUAAAAUUUAAGGCAUGUUCUUGUUACUAGUAACACACAAGCAGCUCGCAAUUUCUAAUUACUCGAACGAUUUCUGUUUCAUACAUAUGAUUUCGAUUCUGAUCAUUCAAGAAUCCGAAUACUACUAAAGUACGCAUUUCAUAGCUGUCCCUGUACGUGGCAAUCUCUUACUCAGUACUUUGAACUGUGCACCUGAUGUUACAAACGAAUAUAAUCGAAAUGCGAUUUAAUUUACGAUACAUAGAUUUUACGUAUUUCAAUUAUUUUAAUGAUUUAAUUAAUUGGCGAACGAUUAAUUAAUUUCACGAAUUCUAUUGCAUGUUAUUUAUUAUGAAAAGGCGAAGAGAUCGCGGUAUAAAAUAUGCAAUGUUAGUACUAUUAUUAGUAGUAUUCAACGGAACUGCCACGUACAGGAAUUGAUGGUCAAAUUACAAUUGUACGUCAGCAGCACAUUAACGUGUUGCAACGUUAUGAGCAAGAGCCUGCCCAGCUUAUGAUCAUAUGUAUAAAUAAAACAAGUAAUGGAAAGAAUGGUUGUAUUGUAAGUCAACUUAAACAAUGAUUGAUUUCUUUGGAAAAUUUCAGUUCUCGCGAUAGGCAUUAUUGCGUUAUAUAGUUGAUAACCGAUAAAUAUCACUGUUUAUAUCUAAGAUAUUUAUCGUACACGUAACCAUUAAUGAACUUGUAUGUUUGCUUGCCUGUCCGAAUAACGCGCAUAAAGCAUUGUAACCAAGACGUUUUUAUUGCAGCCUUAACGUGUGUAACAUACACAGAGCGGGCAAAUUGGUUUUCUAUUUUCCUUUGGCGAAUUCUAAUUUACGUGAAAUCCAAACUUCAUAAAGUGCAUGUAAUUCUAAAGAAAGAGAGUUUUAUUAUUUUGGAGAUUACCGUGUUCCGCAUAUCUAUGUAAAUAUCUUGUCAUUUUAACAAAUUCUAUUCGACCGUAUUACAUGAGACUUUACAUUCAAUUUCGUAUUUUAUCAAUUUUCUAAACUUUUCGUUUCCAUCAAAUAUUCGCAUCUUCGAAAAUCUUCUCUUUCAUAUGUGAUCGAAGUUUGCCGAUUUUUUAAUCAUUGGACGUUUCGUGUAUUAAGACCUAAUAUAUAUUACACUAAUUUGUCGAAGGAAAAUAGCUUUGAGGAUAAUAACGCCGGUGCAAGGUAGCUUUACCAAUCGACCGAUUUCGAUGAUAAAGAUGCGCGAAGUUGCGAAGAAUGGAAAACAGGAGAAGCUAAUACUAGGGAUCGUCCAGAUCGAAUUUGUCUCGAGAAACAGAAAUAGCCUGUCACAUACGUUUGUGUGUACAAGUGAAAUGGACGUAGUCUAAUAGUAAAACGGUGUUAACUGAAAAUAGCUGGUAACUUGUUAUCGCUUAAGAGAUUUAGAAUAAUUUUAAAGAUAAAGGAUCGAAUUGGUUGAGUCGAUGAAAAGAUACGAGCAAAAAAUAAAUAAUCGUUCCGAAAUUGUCGUAUAACGUACUAAGAUUUUUAUUUAUUCAAUUAUAUUAGUAAAAAGUACUCAUCGAAUCAUUAAAACAUGGAACGUUUCAAUAACAAUAGGAACAACAUAUUUCGAAAGUACGAGUUUUAUGAAUUUUCCGCAACACGAACUAAGUGUUAUUAUUUAUUUUAAUAAUAUUUUAAUAAUAUAAUUUUGCGCGGAACUGUGUCAUGACAAGAUGUCAAAAUUAUAUAUACAUUAUUGCGGAUAAUUUUCAUCGGUUCCACCUUGGAGAAUGUAGUAUGGAUGUAUAAUAGAUAACAUUCAGAGGAUAAUAAUAAGGACAGAGUGAUCGCGAUAAUAAAAUUUAGCUAAGCGUAAUGUGACGUAAAUAAUGUCUGCAGAAAAUUUAUAAUUGUCUUUUCUUUUUUUUUUUUUACUAAAGAGGAGCGUUUUCCGGAAACGUCGCGCGUUUCCUCUUCGACGCAGUUACAUGAGUGCAAUCAAUAGAAUAAGAAAUAGGGUGAAAGAAAGAAAGACAAAGAGUAUUAUGCUUUCGAUGUCGUCGUUGUAACUUAAUGUAAGGCUAGUUAAAGAAAGAAAGAAAACCACUUUAAAGUAAAUCGAUGUUAGAAAAAUGCUAAUUCACUAAGAUUGCGUUCACCGAUUGAACAUUAUAGCUGCAAUAUCUCUCGAGGCCGAUCUCGAACUUAGACGAUUCAUCGUCAUAACACUGUUUUUCUCUUUUUCGUUUGUUGCAUCGGAUAUAAAGACAUUAAUAUGCAGUUUGACACUAUGUAACCAUCGUAAAUCGUGGCAAAGAGAAGGUGUAUGAUUAUGCUAAACGGAAAGAUAUAUCCGUAAUUUUCCCACCUGAUCCUUGAAAAAGUCUGUGUAUAAACGAGAAAACGUAUUUGUAAAAAUAUAUUGUAUGUCCGGGAAUAUAAUGAUACUUGCGAGUAACAAGAGGAA